CAGCGUUGAAUGGUACUUCCGGAAAAAGGUCACUUCCUGACAAGUACAUAAACCAAGAAGUGAGAACAGAGCUAACACUGAUUUUGGAGUCUCAUAUUUAAUAAACUGGUGUGAUGUACGCGUGAAGUAUUUUUGUAAAUAAACUUCCUUAAUAGACUGAUGUAGAUUUUAUGAAUAAAGCUGUAAAAGACAAGACCGUGAUUGCGUAACUUUUAAUUAUGCUGGCUUUACCUCCUCAAUUUAACUCGGUGAUGCUCAGGAGUAUUUUUUGAUGAAUGAAAAGUUUUCAUGUUUCCAAUACGUUAACAUCGAAAAAAAAUUCUGAUUUAAUACCGAAAACAGUUUUCAACUUCUUCGAUGGACUCCCUAUACAUAUUUUGUUUCCACUUAUUCAGAUCUGCUAUAAGUUUAUUUAAGGAAUGAUACAAAUUUUUUCACCAGUUGGAAUUAGCAAAUAAUGUUUGAGUUAACGACAAACCACCAGUUGAAGCAUAGACUGUUGACGUUUUAAACUUGCCCGAAAUCAUCAAAUUCAGUUUUUUACCUUUAAUUUCUUUUCCUCUUACUGUUUUUUAUUUUGUUAUAGUGGUAAAAAUUAAAAAACCAAAAUAUAAGAAAACAAUUUGGAGAAAUGAAAAUGUAUCAUAAAUGAGAAUUUAAAUUUGAUCAUUUAGAACGUAGAGCUUGACAUAAACUGCCAUACAAUCAAUUUGAGAUAAUUGUUUUCUUACGAAACAUUUAUUUCCUGCAAGGAAAGGCUUAGUUUAACAAUUAACUAAAUAGGUCGACAUUUGUAUGAUAUAAUCUUCAACCAUUAAAAAGAGUUUUAAAGUAUACAAUUUACUAAACGUAGAUGCAUGCUGCCCUUUGAAGUUGCACAUAAACUGGGUAGGAAACUUUGCUUUAUACUAGAUUAUUGUCUAACUAAACAGCGCUAAUACUAAUAUUUUACAGCCUUUAAGUGAAUCGUGAUUGUUAUAGUGAAUUUGAAAGGUCAAAUGGAAAAUUCUCAGCUCUGUAUUAAUGUAUGAUCUUAUCUAGCAUAUGAUAUCAAUGGUUGGUGACUGCCUAUAUGAUUUCAGUUUUGAGAAAGAAAUGUAUUUUGGUGUAUAAUAUAAAACCUUAUAGAAUGGUAAUAAGUGGAUAUGGCGUUGUCCCUCAAUUCCCUGAAUAUUUUUGUGAUGUUUCUAUAGAAACAUUUGUUAAAAUAACCAUUUCAAAGUCUCUACAAACUAAAAUUAACGUAUUUUGUAAUAAAUAAGUUUUAAUAAAUUUUGUGUGCACACUAGUUUUCUUAACAUGAUACAUCGAUAUUAUACACUUGUAGAGUUUGGUCAUGUAAAAAAGAUAGUCACUGCAUAGUUAACUCCCUUAGCGUACACGCUUCAGUUACAAUCAAUUGAUGAAAUUAUUCCUUUGGGAUAAUAAAACAAUAAAAAAAAAAUACAAAUCAAAUCUGUAUCUCAUUUGACCGAUUUUUCAAAGUUCUCAGAAAAUAUAAUUCAUUUUAAAAUAACAAUAGAGUAGGUAUUUCUAGAAAGUUCCAAUUUUAGCAAUAUUUAGUACAUGCAAAAAUAACAUCUACGCUGAUCGUCACAAUCCACUGCAUUUCUAUUUACUAUACAUAAGCAACGAUUAACUAAAGUGUUUUAAAAUUUCCUUCUGAAAAUAUCAGGGUAAAAUAAUGGGGCGGUUCAAGAAAUACCAUAAUGAAACUGAAAAGCAAGAAGCCAAAAAACUGCGUGAAAGAGAAAGACGUGCAAAUGAAACAAAUGAUGAGAGACUUGAGAGACUACGAAAGCUGUCUUUAAAUGCACAGAAGAGACGAGCUGAAGAAACAGCAGAAGAGAGAAAACAGAGGCUUAGAAGAUUGUCUCAGAAUGAAUUGAAAAGAAGGACCAAAGAAACAAAAGAGGAAAGAUAUGAAAGACUUAAGAAACUUGCUCAAUAUGCAAGGAACAGACGUGCUACAGGGCCAAAGAAUCAUUAUACUCGACAGGGUAAAAAGGCUCAAGAAGAAAAGCAAAUUGCUAAUGGCUACAUUAAAGUCAACCUUUUAAAGUAUUAUGAUGUCCCAAAAUUCCAUCAUCAGGAGCAGAUGCAAUAUAAUCCUGGAAAUAAUAUAUCUCUCUUAAAAACAUCAAGAUUUGAUUGUGCCUCAACUCUUCAAUUGCAUCAUACUCAUGCUAACAAUAUGCAAAAUCUUAAUGAAAUGAGUUCAUCAAAAUGGAAAAGGAAAGCCCCUGAAGCAGCUACAAUUCAGAUAGAAGAUGUAACCCCAGACACAAUUUCCAAACAAAUAAAUUCAAAAGCCUCAAAAACAAGAAGAUCAACAUCUCAUUCAAUGACUGAUGAAGUCAUAGUGUUCCCACAAUCAACUGUGCCUCCUGUUCAAGAAAGACGUGUUUUAGUCGUUCCAAAUCAUCAAACAGCAGUAAUGUCCAAUCUGUUUUCUCUAUGGAAGGCACGGCGCCUCUGUGACUCAUACAUUAGUAAUGGUACCAUAAAUGUAAUGAUUCAUAAAAUGGUUUUAGGAGCUGUGUCUCCAAAACUACUGCCAGUUCUCCUGCAUUCAUCAAAAGGUUCAUUUCCCAAUGUGGUCUUUCCAAGUUCAGUCAGUAAAGAAGGACUUUUAGCAUUUGCAGAAUACAUGUACAGUGGUGUGUUAGAUCUGAAUGAAGACAUUCUAGUCCAACUGAAGACUAUUGCUGAAAAAUUAGAAAUGAAAGAUUUUGAAGAUCUUUGUUGUGAGGAAUUGAACAAAGCUAAGACAAAAGAUAUUUUAUCUGGUGUGGUGGAACCUUUAUUGGCAGAACCUUGUUCUUUGUCAGGAUUAUUCCCUUCCAGAACACAAGGAGAUCCUAACGAGGUUCAGAAUUCAAUGUUUAUGAAGUUAUUUAGGAAUAAUUAUAGCAAUAUUAACAUGCAAGCUGAUGUUUCUGUCACCACAACUUCAGUUUCUGAUGUAAGGUCUGCAGAAAAUAUGGUUACAGACCAGAUUGUUGAUAUCAAGACUGAAGCGGAACCAUUAAUAGAGCCUGCAACAAAGUACAACUCUCUUCACUUAAAAAUAGAACCCUGUAGUCUUGGAGAAAAUCAAAAUAGUAUUCAAGAAGAACUGUGUGUUGAUAUUAGUAACAUUACUACAAAUAAUAAUGAUGUUCAGUUAAAGCCUGCUGCCAGUACCACUUCUGGAAAGGUCAUCAAUAGACACAAUGAUUUUGGAGUUUCUCAUUCAAAUAAACAUCUGGAUUCCCGUGAUGUCAUCUAUAUAUCUGAAGACACUUGUUUAUCGCAGCAUUCAGAAGAUUGUGAUAACGAUACUGAUGAUCAGGAUGAAGUACAGCUAAUUUCAAUAACAUCUGUAACAGGCAAUAUAAUUGAAGACAACCUCAGCAAUAAUUCUGAUUUGGUAGAGAUCUCAAGUACGCUGCCUACAUCAAAUUCUAAAUCAUAUCCAGUUAAUUUAUUUUCUGUGAAUGGAUAUUCAACUCUAUAGUGCACAAAUGUUCAAUUAAAUUUCCCAAUAUAUAAUAUUUGUAAUUAUUUUUAACUUCAAAUUUCAGAUUUCAUUUUAUUAUUCAGAUUAAAAUACUGUUAAAGUAGGUUUCUUACCUAACUGAUUUUCACCUUCACAACUUAAAUCAUCACUAUCCCCAUCAUUAUCUCUAUUAUCAUGAAUUUUCUUUACCAAUAUAUCUCUGACAUCUAACUGGUCUGAUAAUAUAAGUUUUGGAGGAUAAACAUUCUAACUUUUAUUUUUAUCAAGAAACUUGUGUAAGACUUACCACUUUUGGCUUAAUUGGAGAAUUUCACUACUACAUCUUUUGAAAUACUUAAAAAAUUCAAGGAAGUUCUGGUAAAUAAGUAAAAAGGAUGAAAAAAUAGUUAUUUUCA